GAAGAAUCCUAGAGAUCCCGUUCAACCAUCGCAGAAGAAGAAGAACGUUCGAGCGUGGAUUUGAUUCUCUAAUGGUCGACUGCCAAGUGAGAAGAGUAAGUCGCGUGCUCCUGUCCUUGUAUGCUCAGUGAAACCAGAAAGCUCAGAGAUUUGGGAAUCAAUGGAGGCCGAACCAAAGAUUAGGGUUUUAAUGGUCUCCGACUUCUUCUUCCCAAACUUCGGUGGGGUCGAGAAUCACAUCUACUAUCUCUCUCAAUGCUUGUUAAAGCUCGGUCACAAGGUAGUGGUAAUGACGCAUGCUUAUGGGAACCGAACCGGAGUCCGAUACAUGACAGGUGGACUCAAAGUCUACUACGUCCCCUGGAGACCUUUCGUUAUGCAGACCACUUUCCCCACUGUCUACGCAACACUUCCCAUUGUCAGAACCAUCCUCAAACGCGAGAGAAUUACCGUUGUUCACGGCCAUCAAGCCUUCUCCACCCUUUGUCAUGAAGCCUUGAUGCAUGCUCGGACUAUGGGAUACAGAGUUGUCUUCACGGAUCACUCCUUGUACGGGUUUGCUGAUGUCGGGAGCAUCCACAUGAACAAGGUUUUACAGUUUAGUUUAGCUGAUAUAGACCAGGCUAUUUGUGUCUCCCACACGAGUAAGGAGAACACGGUUUUGAGAUCUGGAUUGCCACAAGCUAAGGUUUAUAUGAUACCAAAUGCUGUUGAUACUGCUAUGUUCAAGCCAGCUUCUGUUAGGCCUAGUGCUGAUCAUGUCAUUACUAUAGUUGUUAUAAGUAGAUUGGUUUAUCGGAAAGGUGCGGAUUUGCUUGUUGAGGUUAUUCCACAAGUCUGUCGUUUACACCCCAAUGUUCGUUUUGUAGUUGGAGGGGAUGGACCAAAACAUGUGAGACUAGAGGAAAUGAGGGAGAAGCAUUCUCUUCAAGAUAGAGUUGAAAUGCUUGGUGCUGUUCCUCAUUCUCGUGUCCGCUCUGUUCUUGUCACCGGUCAUAUAUUCCUUAACAGUUCAUUAACAGAAGCCUUCUGCAUAGCUAUAUUGGAGGCGGCUAGUUGCGGCUUAUUAACCGUCAGCACUCGUGUUGGAGGUGUCCCUGAGGUCCUACCGGAUGACAUGGUUGUGCUUGCUGAGCCGGAUCCGGAUGAUAUGGUACGAGCAAUCCAGAAGGCAAUAUCAAUACUUCCAAGUAUUAACCCGGAGGAGAUGCACAAUCGAAUGAAGAAGCUGUACAGUUGGCAAGAUGUUGCCAAAAGAACCGAGAUUGUGUACGACCGUGCCUUGAAGUGUUCCAACCGAAGUCUUCUUGAGCGUCUAUCGCGGUUCCUGUCAUGUGGAGCAUGGGCAGGGAAGGUAUUCUGUAUGGUUAUGAUCAUUGAUUACUUGCUUUGGCGCUUACUUCAGUUACUUCAGCCUGAUGAUGAUAUCGAGGAGGCACCCGAUAUCAAUUUCAUAAACGACAAGAAAUGAUUGAUAAGCAGAGUUUCAGCUCCCUCCAUUGUUAGAAGAGCCUUCAUCUCUAUUUUCUUUUGAAGCUCUUCCUUGCUUGGAUGAUUGAUUCUAUUUUUGUAUUCUUGUUUCAGAAUAAAAUCUUAUUCUUGUGUGUGGAAUCAUUUUUCCUCUAAUUAGUUGCAUCAAUAUAUAUGUGAUAUGUAUGAUUGAGAAGUGAAGUGGAUAUUUUGUAUGUUUGUAUAGUGAAUAUUUGAUACAACAGAAAAAAAGAGCGAG